AUGUUAAUAUUGAUAGUAUUGGCAUUUGCUUAUGCUCAAAUAUAGGAUGAAAAAUAAUUGACAAAUGCAGCUUGUGUUAUAUUUUCUAGAUACUACUUGCAAAAUAAUUAAGAGUUAGCUGGAAAAGCAGUUGGAGAAAUGGUUCACUUAUAAUAAUUAUCAAAAGAAGAAGCAGUGAUGUCUGCUGUUGCUUCCUUGGUUGAAUCCUGUUUAGAUAGCAUCUCUACUUAGGAAACAAUGGAGGUAAGGAGAACUAUAUUCAAUAGAUUAUUCAAUAAUUGCAAUCAUAAAAAAUUAAUUUGGAGGCACAUUAACAUUUAGUUGAAAAGGCUGAUUUAAAGAAGUAUGGAUCAAAAAAGAAGAGUGCGAAGAAAAAUGAGAUUCUUAAAGUCAUUAAAUCGAUUGAUGAUAUGGUUAAUUAAUAGAAGAAGGACAAUGAUGGAGGUGAUGAUGGAAAUGAUCAACAAGAUUCAGGUAGAAAGAGACAGCGUAAUAAAGGUAAAUAAUAAGAAUUGCCUGAAAUCUCUAUUUUCGAAUUGAAGGAAUGGCUAAUUCUAUCAUCAUUCAUUUUAGUGGGUGUUUUACUUUCCUAUAUAAGUAUAUAAUUUCUUAGAUUUUUAGUUUGCUGUAUUCCAGAAAGAGAGAAAAAGGAAAAAAAUAGGAAGACCAAAGUGAAAUCAAAGGAGCAAGACGAUAAUAAAUUGUCACCUAAAAAAGAGGAAGAAAAUUCAUAGAAAGAAGAAGAGGAAGAGGAAAGUUCUCCUAAGGAAAUAACAGAUAAUAAGGAAAAAAAGAAAGCAGAAUGAGUG